AGGUGCCCGCGCGGCCAGCAGCCCUCGACCAGACGAUGGGUUCUCCGCCCUCACGGAAUUCCACCUCAAGUUUCAACACCCCAGCAUUCUCAUGCUUUCGCCCGCGGUAUCCUACCUAGUAUCCAACUCGAUCUGAACCGUCUCUCAUCAUUCUCUUACCAUGCGCCCUCUCCGGUUCCUCACGGCUUUUCUGCCCUGCGUGUUGGCCGACAUGGACUUCAUCAACCCGCCUCCGUUUGGGGCCGUUGGCGAUGUUAGCAAGAACCCAACAUACGUGAUAGGCAGCGUGGUGGAAGUGGCUUGGACUCCGGGGGGUGAAGGGAAACAAACGUCCCUGACAUUGUGGCAACUGAACGCCACUACGGCCGAAUUCUUUGGGUCGAUGCAAUACGUUACCCGCAAGGUCGUGGAUGUCUCGACAUUCACUUGGAUUGUGGCCACAACCAAGGACCUGUCGGUGUCCAACAUGUUUUUCCUGAGCAUUUUUGAGGAAGGGAAAGCCAACGCCGACGCCAACAGCCAUUACUUUAACCUCACGAGGAAUAGCGACACCCGGCCGACCGCGGCUGAAGCGAGCUCCAGUGCCUCCAGUGAGACUAGGAUAGCACCGACAUCUACAUCAGCCACCGUUCCCGCCGAAACAACAACCGACCCCGCCGCGACCAGCAGCGCUCCCUCCUCCGAAAGCCCAAGUGGCCUUGAUUCCGGCGCCAAGAUCGGAAUUGGCGUCGCCAUCCCCUGUGCCGCCAUCUUGGGCGUCGUUGCGGGUUAUCUUAUUUUCAGGAGGCGGAAGAGGAUGAACGAGCCCCCGGCCGCGCCUACAUACCACGACGACAACCCCUAUAACGGCGUGUCUGGGGAGAAGUGGGGACAGUACUCGGAAAAUGGGCCAGGAAUAUCCAUGCCAGCGGCCUAUGGCCAUGGCGGCAGCGCCAAAUACUACCAGCCCGCGGAGCUGGGCGUUGUCGAGGAGCCGCGCAGGGUGUUCGAGUUGCCUGCCAGCUAGCACGGUAUUUGCGAGGGGUUGGGGGGGGGGGGGGGGAGGUUGUGCUUUGGGACUUGCAUGUAAAUAUGCUUCAUUGGUCGUAUUCAUUGGCCUUGUAU